AUGAUCGUCAACAUGGAGAAGGCAGCGCCAGCACCCCCACCUUCAUACUCAGCCGCCACCCAAGGCCCGCCUCCCUUCCCCUCCGGGUCGCACCGCAAGAGACGUAUCACGGACAUACCGCCUCACCUCCUGUUGAACAUCGUGUACGCGACGCUGCCCCAGACACCGUAUCUCGACGAGAGCACAGCCGAGCGGCAGCGGAGGGUGCUGUACUGGAUCUCAAUGAACCUUCGGAUCGUCAAUCGCGCGUUCUACAUCGCUUGCAUGCACGUCCUCCGGUCGAUCUAUCUUCCCGCAUACGAAUCCCUCGUCCGACCGCCAUACACCUCCGACCCAUUCCCCCUCCUCAUCUCCGCCCCGUCAUACGAGGAAUCAACAUCGGAGAAGCACAGUCCGCCUUCGACGUCCCAAGAUGCGCUCCCUACCCCAUUCCCUGACACCCUCCCCCGCGAAACACGCGUCUUCGACCUCUUCAUCGCGCUCAAGGUCCGCGAGGACGCCUGGGCGGACGCAACGUCCCUCCACCUCGAGCGCGAGGAGGCGUACAAGGACAUCUUCAGCGUCAUGCAGCCGCGCGCGCGGCUCGAGGACCUGGUGUGCAAGUAUGGCGUGCGCGAUGGCGUCGUCUCGUACUCGGGCUCCUCGCGCGCGGGCACGCCAACUCGGGGCGUCCGGCCCAUUCCCUUCCGUCUGCUGAGCGCGACGUUCAGCCCAUGGCGCGUCGGGCUCGUGCUCACUCUGUCGUCGAGGCGGAAAACGAUUGUGGAGGUGCAGCGCGGCGCGCGGGACGAGGCGCUGGAGAAGGCUGCAAAGCUUCUCGUCUGUGAGCUGCGGGAAUGGGCGGCAGAAAACUGGCGGUGA